AUGGCUUUCAAGUACGUCCUAUUGUCCUUCUGCGCUCUGCUCGGCCUAGCCAGUGCUGGCUUCCUGGCGCCGGCGCCAGCUACCUAUGUGGCUCAGCCCCAUUACGAUGCGGUGGGCACCACACAGCAGAAUGUGGUGCGCUCGUUCGGCGGCACCGUGUCCACCUACUCGAAGAACGUGGUCACGCCCUACUCCAGCGUCAGCAAAGUGGACUCUCGCACCACCAAUAAUGUGUACACGCCCAAGACGGUCUACAGCGCACCUGCUGCUGUGGUCACCAAGUCCGUCUAUGCUGCUCCAGCUGUCACCUAUGCUGCUCCAGCUCCCGUCCUGGCAAAGACCGUCUCGUAUGCUGCUCCAGCUCCCGUUCUGGCCAAGACCGUCUCGUAUGCUGCUCCGGCUGUGACCUAUGCUGCUCAUUCGCCUGUCAUUGCCAAGACCUAUGCCGCUCCGGCUGUCGCCUAUGCGGCACCAGCUGCUGCUCCCACUGCCUAUGUGAAGUACUCGCCCGCCAUUGGUGUUGCCCACGUAAGCUUCGAUGGCUUUGGCUCACACUGGGGCUACUAAGCUAGAGUCCAGCACUUAGCACUUGUUGAAACUGUUG